AUGGCGAAGCCAAAGACUAUAGAAGAGCGAUACCAAAAGAAAUCGCAACUGGAGCACAUUUUGCUGCGUCCAGAUACUUAUAUAGGAAGUACCGAGAUGCAUAAUCAGCAAAUGUGGGUUUAUGACACUGAGAAGAACCGUAUGGUCUAUGAGAAUGUGGAUUAUGUGCCAGGCCUAUACAAGAUCUUUGAUGAAGUUUUGGUCAAUGCGGGAGAUGUAUUUGCAAGACAGCAGUCGGACCCGUCUCUAGAGAGAAUGACUUGUAUAAAAGUGUCCAUAAGUAGAGAAACCGGAGCUAUUGUAGUAUAUAACGAUGGUGAGCCAAUUCCUAUAGAGGUACACUCCGAACAUAAAAUGUACGUGCCUCAGAUGAUUUUCGGAGAGUUAUUGACAUCAGACAAUUAUGAUGAUAGUGAAGAACGUAUAACAGGUGGAAGAAACGGAUACGGUGCAAAAUUGGCCAAUAUAUUUUCCAAAUCGUUUACCGUCUCUGUUGGAAACAAGAAGAAACGCAAAAAGUUUAAGAUGACAUGGACUGAUAAUAUGACAAAAACUCAGGGCGAACCUAAGAUUGUUCCAUACCAGGGGAAUGAUUUUGUAAAGAUCACAUUUAUACCAGACUACAAGCGGUUUAACCUAACCACGAUUGAUGAUGGUACUCUUAAACUGUUGACUAAGCGCGUUUAUGAUAUUGCCGGAACAACAGGCGUCAAAGUAUUCCUUAAUAAUGAGAGAAUUCCUAUUAAAGAUUUUAAGCAAUACGUAGAUCUGUAUUUUGAGAGUACUUUGGAUAUUAUAAAGAUACAUGAGAAGGUUCACAGGUGGGAAGUCGUAGUUUCUGCCUCUGACGACAAUACAUUCAAACAAGUUUCUUUUGUAAAUAACAUUUCCACUAUAAAGGGUGGCUCUCAUGUUACACAUGUUACUGAUCCACUUAUCCAGGCUCUUUGUAAAAAAGUCAAUUCUAAAAACAAGGGUGGUUUAGAGGUAAAACCGUCCCAAAUAAGGAAUCAUCUUUUCGUAUUCAUAAACUGUCAAAUUGUGAACCCUGCAUUUGAUUCCCAAACUAAGGAAACUCUUACGACUAAGCAAACUAAAUUUGGAAGCAAAUACACAAUGGGAGAGCGCGUGCUCGGCCAGGUUUUGAAGAGUAGAAUAACUGAUAAUAUUCUAAGGUGGGUUCACGAACGUGCAAACAUAGAAUUGAAACGUAAAAUGAAAGUUAGCAAGACUACCGAUCGCUUGAUGGGUAUACCUAAACUAGAGGAUGCAAAUAAAGCCGGUGGUAGAUUUGGUAUAGAUUGUACACUUAUAUUAACAGAAGGUGACUCAGCCAAAACAUCUUGUUUGGCGGGGUUAUCUGUGGUAGGAAGAGACAAAUAUGGAAUUUUUCCACUAAAGGGAAAGUUGUUAAAUGUUAGGGAUGCUUCAUACAAGCAGCUCACACACAACCUUGAGAUUCAGAAUAUACUGAAAAUCAUGGGUCUAGAUAUCACUAAAAAAGAUCUCAGCAACCCUCAGGGUUUAAGGUAUGGAUCUCUCCUAAUUAUGACUGAUCAGGAUUAUGAUGGAUCACAUAUUAAGGGUUUACUUAUAAACUUGUUUCACUGCUUUUGGCCAAAACUUUUGCAACAUCGUGGGUUUAUUCGUGAAUUUAUCACCCCAAUUAUAAAAGCUAAAAAGGGAGAUAAUACAAUUUCGUUUUUUACCAUUGAAGAUUUUAACAGAUGGAAAAUUGGCCAAGAUCUUUCCACAUGGCAUAUAAAAUACUACAAAGGACUGGGUACGUCCACCGACAAAGAGUUCAAGGAAUAUUUUUCGAAUUUACCCGAACAUUUGAUUGACUUUACGUAUAUUGAUCAGAAUGACGAUGAUAGCAUAGACCUAGCCUUUAGCAAGAAACGUGUGGAUGAUAGAAAAGUUUGGUUACAAAACUUUGUACAUGGUGAUGGUAUAGAUCAUUCAAUAAAGCACAUGAGAUAUUCUGAUUUUGUAAAUAAGGAGCUGAUACAAUUUUCUAUUUAUGAUACGGAAAGAAGUAUUCCUUCCAUGGUCGAUGGUUGGAAACCUGGACAGCGUAAAGUACUUUUUGGUUGUUUUAAAAGGAACCUUAAGAACGAAUGUAAAGUUGCCCAACUCUCUGGUUAUAUUGCCGAACAUUCAGCAUACCAUCAUGGUGAAACAUCAUUGCAACAGACUAUAGUGAAUAUGGCUCAAGAUUUCGCAGGAUCAAAUAACAUCAACGUUUUGGAGCCAUGUGGUCAAUUUGGAAGCAGAAAAGAAGGUGGAAAGGACUCUGCUGCUCCUCGUUAUAUCAACACAAAGCUUUCUUAUCUAACCCGCCUGAUAUAUGUAGUAGAUGAUGAUGCAGUUUUGGACUAUCAAAAUGAAGAAGGACAAUCGAUUGAGCCAUACUACUAUGUACCAGUAAUUCCAAUGGUUCUUGUAAAUGGAAGUGAAGGUAUAGGAACUGGUUUUAGUACGCAAAUCCCUAACUAUAACCCGCUAGACAUUAUCGCAAAUUUAAAGCGUCUUAUUAAUAACCAGGAAAUGCUACCCAUGAUACCGUGGUACAGAAAGUAUAGUGGUACAAUUGAACCCAAUGAAAAGGGAGGAUUUGAUUGUAUGGGAAAAUUUACUGUUAUGGACGAUUUUGGAAUUGUAAAUAUUACAGAAUUACCUAUACACCGCUGGACAAACGAUUAUAAGGAGUUUUUGGAAUCGCUUCAAUUGAGUGUAAAUGGAAAAGCUCCUUUAAUAUUGAGUUAUUUAGAUAAUUCUACACAUGAAUCGAUACAUUUCACAGUAAAUCUGAACCCGGACUGUUAUGAGGAAAUUCUUAAGGAGGGCAUUGAUAAAAUUUUAAAGUUAAAAACCACGAUUUCGACGACAAACAUGACGUUAUUCGAUGCAAACAAACGAUUAAGACGUUAUGAUACCGUUUUGGAUAUUUUACGUGACUUUGCUGAUAUACGUCUUGUGUUUUAUAACAAGCGCCGUGAUCACCUCAUCAAACAGCUUCAGAUUGAACAACAGAUUCUGUCGAACCAAGUUAGAUUUAUAGAUUUGGUGAUUACCAAUAAAAUCGUACUUUUUAAAAAGAGUAGAAACCAGCUUGUUAGUGAGCUCAAAGCCCUGAAUUUUGAUCCAUACUCUGCCUUUUCUGGCGACGUUGUGCUCAACGCAGCUUCUCAGUCUGAUCCUAGUACUACAAGAAGUGAUUAUAAUUAUCUUCUCUCUCUCCCAUUGUGGUCUCUUACUCUCGAGCAUAUUAAAAAGCUGAAUGAUGACUACAAUGCAAAGCAAGAACAACUACAGAGAAUAAUAAAUACGAGUGCUACUCAGUUAUGGCAAGAGGAUUUGGAUAUACUAGAAACUGCAUUGAUACAAAGCAAUCUUUAUUCAAGAACCGGUACAAAUACUGAACUUAACGAACUAUCAAAGCAAUACUUAGAUAAACUUAUUAAGGCCAAAAUAAAAAAGAGGAACGGUGCUGGUGAGUUUACUUUAUAA